AUGCUCGCUCUCGCGCCUCAGUCUCUGCCACUUCCAGGCGAAGCCGAGCGACCUCAGCCUCAGCACGAAGAAGCGCCAGGCGCUUCUCGCGCUUUUCAGCCUCAACCUUCUCCCACUCUUCCUCAGUCACAAACAAGCUACACUCAGCUUUCACCGAAAUACAGCCCGCACACUGCCCAGAGGCAGUGUCCACGAAACAACGAAGAUUCUUCUCCUCACACCGCUUGCAACGAAAAGUCAUCUCGUUCCCUUGCUGACGGACACGGUCAGCACGAGCCUGGCGCUGUUGAGUCGAAUUCUGGGUACGGACACGUCGAGAAGUCUGAACCUUGGGCAUGGUCAGGAGAAGUGAGGAAAGGAAAGAAGAGAGGUUACGACACCACAGGAACACCUAAACCUCCACCGCCGCCGCCGGACUAG